AUGGUAGUAUUAGCGAAGAUACUCCUUCAGGACUUAUGGUUGGCCGGGCUCGGUUGGAACGAGGCUCUCCCUCCUGCGCUCUCGCGACGGUGGGACGCCUUUAGCACCGGGCUCGCGGAGAUUUCCGCAAUCCGAGUUCCUCGUUGGACCGGAUGGUCGCCUACUGAAGUGGAGACUCAGCUUCAUGGCUUCUCGGACGCCUCGGAACGGGCGUACACCGCCGUCAUCUACUUACGGGCUCGACGGUCCGAUGGGACCACCCGCGUCGUUCUAUUGGCGUCCAAGACUAGAGUCGCCCCACUGAGGCGGGUAUCGUUGCCCCGCCUGGAGCUGUGCGGUGCGCAGCUGCUCUCGCGGCUCAUGAAGGCUACUGUGGAGGCGCUCGGUUGUGGUGAGGCCCCCUCGGUUUGUUGGACCGACUCCUCUGUCACGCUCCAUUGGAUUACAGGGCAUCCAUCUCGAUGGACAACCUUUGUCGCCAAUCACGUCUCGUACAUUCACGAGAGCCUCCCGCAGGCCUCGUGGCGGCAUGUCCCGUCCGGCGACAAUCCUGCGGAUUGCGCCUCUCAGGGUUUGUUGGCCGGCGGGCUACGAGAACAUGCCCUUUGGUGGCGUAGCCUCUCCUGGCUUGUCGGGGACCCGGCGGGCUGGCCGGGUCUGCUUCGUGUCGCGAGCGACCAAAGUAUUUACGAGGAGAGGCGCAUGGUUCACGUGGUGGCCGUGAACCCGGAGGACUGGUCCGGUGUCCUCCGAUCAUGCUCCUUCCGCAAGGCCAUCCGCGUGAUGGCCUAUGUGCAACGAUUUCUGCGAAUCCCGCGGGUCGGUGGACCCGUAACGGCGGACGAGCUGCGUGAGAUUCGGCUGCGCCUGCUGCGGAUUACGCAGCACCGCUUCUUCGCGGAGGAUUUGGGCCGUCUGAAGCGGGGGGGAGCGUUGAUGGUGGGAUCGGCGUUGCGGCCACUCAACCCCACGAUAGACGAGCCUCUUGCGGGUGGGGGGCCGCCUGCAAUUCUCAGCGUUACCGAUCAAUACGCGGCAGCCGGUCCUGCUGCCUCGACGCUCUCGACUCACGACUCCCAUUGUCCGAGAUGCACAUGA